AAAGCGAAGGAAAUAUAAGGCCUGCAGCGGGCGCGCGGGCGGGCGGCGGCGCCACGCGAUCAUUUCGCAGAGCACGGUGUUAGGGGGCGCACGUCUAGAGCCUCCACACUGCGUUGUCCGCCUGCGCCUCGCUCCUAUUUCUUAUACUAUAACCUCGUUAGUCCAAGUGACGUACAUUCUUAUACGUAGGUGUGUGUAGUGAGCGCGUGAGAAUUGGAAACGGCCGGCCGCUGCACUCCAAGCCAGGAUUGUUGGCACAUAAAAGAUAACCUUGCUCGCUGCAUUUAUUAUUCAGUGACUGCGCUAAGCUUCAGCCAGGAUGGCGCCCUUUACAGGUAAUCAUGAGAAUCAAACAGAUUACCGAUAAUGGUAAUCUGGCCGCAGAGAACGGGCGUCAGAUACUGUCACACGUAAACUCUGACAACCGGGGCUGGUUGCCCAUUAACACCAGCUCGGAAUAUUUUUAUAAUAAUAUUAACAGGACGGAACAUUUCCAAUUUAAUUCGAAUUACAAUAAUUCGAGUAUUACUACUGGUUUGAUUAGAAAUAAUAGUGUGCAAAACAAGAAUGUUACGAAAGAAACCUCCAACUUGACUGCUGAACCAGUGUGCAAUACCCUGUAUAGGCUGAACAUUCAGAAUAAGCCAGUAUUCUUGAAUUUGAAUAACACAGAAGCUAGCAACCUGGCGGGCGCCACGGAAAAUUUCCUCGUUCCCCGUGAAAGCUUUCUAGGUAGUAAUGUGUCUUCGAAUACAACGCCAAUUGAUGACGAGCGGCCGUUCGAUCAUUCAGACACGGAUGAGAUGUCUGAGAAUGGCAGUCGCCCUGUGCCUAGAGGAAUCGUGAAUCCAAAUUAUCCAGGUUUUCAACACUUGGCGCACACGUUGCAGGAUUAUUCUUCAAACAUUGAAAAUUUUUAUCACUCCGAAAAUGAUAUGACGGAUGACGAUAUAGAUUUAGAGAUAACCGAAUCAACAUACGAACCAGAGCUUAACUUAAAUGAAACCACCAUUGUAUGUAAAAAUAUCAAUAAUAAUAACCAGGAAGACUUAAACAAUUCUAAAAUACUAAGUUCACCUAUUGAGAGUAAAAUAACAGCAACGUCAGGUAGUCUUUCACAAAAGGAAAUUCCAGAUUUAUUAAAAACAAUAUCGGAAAAUAAUAACAACAUCAACCGUAGUGAAUUUGAAAUAGCUUGCACUGAUACAGAUAUAGAAAAUAACUUUCACACUAAGGACAUAAUAGGGGAUUUUAAUAAAGAAAUUGAGGACGAAAUAAAACAAUUAUUAAAUUAUAACAUUAAUAUUCAAGAUGAUUUAGAAGAAUUAAGAAAAGAUAUCAAAGAUACCUUUGCGAAGCCGAUUGAAAAUACCAUAAACAACAUAAGUGAAGUCGUGAAUCAUGUUAUAAAGAAACUCGUUGAAACUCAUGUUGAUGAAAUUGAACACUGUCCGGAUAAGUCAGGGAAUGGAACAAGUAGUAGAGAAGUGUUAAAUAAUGAAAUUAGCGACAUUAAACAAAAUGAAACAAAUGCAAUAAAAGAGAUGAAUCUCAGUAGGCCUACAUUUUUAUUGAUAGAAAAUAACACGAAUAAGAUAACCGAUGCAUUCUUAUCAGACGGAAAAGAUGAAAUUACCCUUUAUGAUAACGAAUUCGACACAAAAAAUAUGAGCAACAACGUCGAAAAUACAAUAAAACAACUUAGCACUGAGUUAAGAAAAAUAAUUCCGAAGUUAGAUGAAAUGCGAGAACGUGAUAGAUUAUGGAUAAGGAAUAAAAAAGAACCGUCUGUGAUCCUUACAGACGGUAAUUUCAAUGAAGUUGCGAAUUCGUCUCGAUAUACCGGAGACGUAAGUGGAAGCAAUCCUGAUGUACUUGCAAGAAAACCAGUCAAGGUAUUAAGUGAACCAUCGGCGUCAAAGGAACAUCAGCCAAAGGAAUUGGCACCGGCUAAGAAGUCUACCAGAUCAGCUCAAAGCGACUCAUCCGUCCGAAUAGGUGAAAAUGUAGACAAAUGUGAUCUAGGAAGUUUCGACGUCUACAAUAUAGAAACUGCUCUGCCUAAGUUAGAUUUCGAUGCGAUUGAAAAUCAUUUGAAGGCAGCUAAAGAAGCAGAGAGACGGAAACGCAAUGAUAGGGAAGAAAUCAGGAAACGUUUGGCCAUGGGUGCUGACAGUGAUGAAUAUUAUAGUAUGGGACACACUGAUAGACCAGGAAAGAAACCCAGCCUACACUCAAGACUGCAGAAUGGGAAGAACCUCCAAAUAUGUUUCAUGAAUGAAACUGCAUCUGACAAUGAAUCGACGUCAGAGUCGGACAAGAAUAUCAACUAUAGCACCAAAAGCCUGUCCCGGUCAAGCAUUUUCAGCAAGUCCAAUUACAGUCUGAAUAACCAUCCGUACCAGACAAGGCCACUGUCUGUCAGCAUUACAAAACAUGACAAAAUUGGCAUUGUUCCAUCUGGCGCUAAGUUACGUCCCACAACUCUUUCACUAAAGACAUCCAAGUCUCGAUCUUCACAGUCCCUGGGACACAUAGAGCUAAUGGAGUCAGAUUUCUACGCUCUUCAGGCGACGCUUCAAACCGAGGCAAGGAUUGCGCUCGCCCAGGCUAAAGAGUUAGCCCGAAUUCAGAUGGAGCGCGAGCGUCGCAGCCGCGGCGCGUCGCCGGUGACGGAGAUGCUGCGCAACUCCAUGCGCAAGGCCAACGCACCGCUCGCGCCCGACCGCCGCCGCGUGUCGCGACAGCUGCUCACCGACAUGAAUGUCGCGCAGCUGCAGGUGGUGGUGAAUGAGCUGCACUCGCAGAUCGAGUCUCUGAACGAGUCCCUCGUCCAGCUGCUGAUGGCGCGCGACGAGCUGCACAUGGGGCAGGACUCCAUGCUCGUCGACAUCGAGGACCUCACCCGGUAUCUGGGUGUGAAGGAACAGACGAAGAGGACCAAGGGCUCUGGCAAGUCGGGCGUGCGGCGGCUCGCCUCGCUCGUGCACAAGUAAACGCUACCACUAACGUACGUUACCUCCUGCAUCACACACACUAGCGCACGUGUCACCAAUUACUUUAAAAAAAAAUUACCAUCGCGAUCCGUUUUUACUUAAGUAGCCGGAUCCACACAGAGCGAACAUACGCGCGCGCCGCCUCGGCCGAAACACGUCUACACUUGCCGUUUUGUGCGCGAGGAAAUUGCCAUACGGUCGCUCUGUGUGGACCCGGCUAAGCAAAAAAAUAAAAUAGGUCGGAGAUCCGUAACCGGACCGCGGUCCGCUAUUUGGUGACCCCUGCACUAGCGAUUUAUUCAAUGUUGUCUGGUAUUUCCACGUGGACUGGCAGAUUACAACUUUUAGAGAUUAAGUUUUUUUAUUAGGUUGGGCUACCUACAAUGGUUGCGACCAUGCGUAGAAUAUGAAAUUUGGAUACUCUAAUCUGGAUACGCAUGCUACUCCAGGGGUAUUUCAUGUUUUUUUUAUCGACGUAAGAAAACAUUUAGGAUAAGCGUAUGCUGAGACGCAUGCGACGCAGUUCACGCAGCGUAGAUUUUGUAAAGUAUAUAACGUCCUUUAGGGUGAUAUUCCAUCUGUGCAAUAUCUUUGUCCAAUGUGUAUUGCGUCUCACAUUUUGCUUAAUGAGUGAAGUGAGACGCAAUGAGAUAGGAAUACCACCCUUAGGUACGCACGCUGCAGCGCAAUGACGUUCCAUACUUUACAAAAUCUGCUCUGCGCUGCGUUGCGUGAACUGCGUCGCCUGCGUCUCAGUAUACGCUUAGCCUUAGACGCGAUGAUAUUAUCUCGUUACCAAAUGGAAAGUAUUUAAAUAUCAAAUCAUUUUAACUUAUGAUAUGAAUGUAUAUCCUCUUGCAAAUGUAAGCUUACUUUAAAGCAAUGACGAUGAUAAUGUAUUUAGUGUUUUGUUUACCGCCUUUUAUAUACCAGUGGAAACUCGCCAGAUGACGUAUUAUUGACUAUAUUGUUACACUAUAUUAUCAAUACGGUUGCUAUAUAGUCAUUUGUGAGAUAGUAUUAAGGGUUACAUUCAUAUAAAUAGUGAAAUGCUGCAAUAAAUAAAUAUCGAGGUGGCGGUUUAGAAUUCAAUAGUAACUACAUAGAACUGGAGAGCCUUGAGUAGCCAAAUAUAUCAUUUACAUUGUACCUAUUAUUUACUUUAUAACGUUUUUCUGAUUCAAACAGUACCUAUGUAUAUUUCUGAAAACACAAGUAUGAGUGAGACUGUCUUUUACUUAUAAUUUUGGUGGCUUUAAAUUCGUAAUGCAAAACAAGUGACUGGCUCGAUAUUAACAAUGGGGUUGGCAACUGUCAAAGGUUUGCAUAGAUGGCGCCAUCAUAGCUUACCCCUUUUUUUGGCUUAAAGAGCUGGCAUUCAGGGCAUAAAAUUCCAUUGGAAAAACAAAAAUUUGACACAAUUCUAGGGAUUGACAGGGCAAGCUAUGCUGGCGCCAUCUGCUGAAUACUUCGACUGGCCAACCCCAUUGAACAAUAUGUCACUUUGUUGUAUCAGCACGUUGCACAAUGACGGCUUAUUUCAACGAGCAUCGGAAUAAGAGCUUCUAAAAAUGUGGAUAUUAAGUUUUAAUUGUUACUACACUGUACUUGUACACUGGGUUACAGUGUCCAUUAUUUGGUGUUACAUAUUUAAAGUCGCCCUUUUAUAGAUAAUAUUGUUAAUUAUAAACUGUAAUUUCUUAUAAAGUAUACUUGGGUUUUACCUAUAUGUGCGCGUGUCCAGACGGGGAAAAUUUUUCGCCAAUCUGAUUAAAUUGUCCGAUCAGGCCGUGCGGAUUCAAACGCCAAUUUGGCUCGCCGAUUAUGAUCGAUACUGCUGAUAGAAUGGGGUGCGGACACAAGAAUACCAAUUUGUGACUCUAGUAUUCGCGUUUCGGGGCAUUUCUUUAAUUUAGAGCGCUCAAACAUCACCAUAAAUUUAAAAUUGGUGAAAGUGGCCAAAUUGAUGUUUGCGUCCGCACCGCCUGAUUUGAUCGGACAAUUUAAUCAGAUUGGCGAAAAAUUGUCCUCGUCUGGACAGGCCUUGUCUAUCGAUAGUUGUAUAAAACGUUUGUCAUUGAUAUUUGUAACUCCGUCGCAUUUUACUCUCUAUGCAAAUAUAUGUGUAAACUAUUAUUGGAAUUGUAUAUUCACAUACAUGUCCGCUUUGUAUUACAUAGAUAUUUUUAGCCCACCAAGACAUAUUUAACAAUAUGUGAUUAUUCGCAAAUUAGAAAGAGAUAUUUUUUCAUUAUAGUGCUCAUUGUUAGAAUAAUGUUAUGUAUUCACAAUAUUAGAGGCGUAUAGUGAUGCACCGGCGGUGGUUUGAGUGAUAUUCAGAGGCUUAUUCUUUAAGAACGUAGGUAGAGCAGGCAAAUAUGCUAUAGGUAAAUUAACAAAUAUUACGUCUCGCGCAUAUCCUGUGGUACAAUGCAGAAAAUAUAAUAUACUAGAUUUUCGGAGCGUUGGAGUGGUUUAAGUUUAGGGAUGUGGGAAACAAGAACGCAGUAAUCUGAUUAAUAUACACACUUACCCGUAUUAAUAUACCCGUUAAAUUACUUUUUCUAUUUUUGAUUAUCUUUGUAAAUGGCAUUGUACGGCGCCGUACAAUUUGGUAGGUUUUGGUAGUGGUUGGUUGGGGAUCUCAUACCUGGAUUGUCUACUCCGAGCUUCUAGUCUAGUAUAUAUCUUUUGCCUAUGGUAGUACCCACAGUUUGGUGUAACAAUUGUUCUGUACUGAGAAUAUAAUUGUACUAUAUAAUUGUUUAAUUGUUUGAUACUCAAACAAAAGUAAAGAGUGAAAUUCAUUUCAUUGUUUUCAUAGGUCUUCAUCUGUAAGAGAGAAAUGUCGUCUUUAUGUACGUACAUAAAUUGUCAGACAAUUUACUUGCAAUCAGUGUGCGAAGUUGGUGCUACCUAACUUUUCUGUGAAAUAUGCAACACACAAACACGCAUACAAGAUACAAGACUGUAUAAUUUAUCAUUUUGAGCAAGCCGUAAAGUCUAAUAUGACAGUAGAAAUGUCGAUCGUCCUAAAGGUAAGUAUAGCAUACAAAACUACCAGGAAACAUUUGAAAUUUUCACCUAGGUAAUAAUAGUAUUCAAUAGACUACUUAUGUAAUUUUAUUCCAGUUCCUUAUGUAUGAAUUUACUUGUGAAAACAAUGGAAAGAAGUGUCUCUGUAGCAUUGAGGGAUAUUAUUAAUUUUCCCCGACUUAAAGUAAAAACCUUUCGUUAUGUCCGUAUUUAGUAAAUACUAUUUACUAUAGAAAUUAUGAAUCUUAACUUCGCAGCUCUUAAAAGUCCUAAUCAUCACAUUUAUAACUUAUAACCAAUAUUGUCAUUCAUUGUAUCAUAGUCAGAAGUGGUAUCGAAUGAGUUCGCGCGCCGUCUAAAUCGGCCCGUCUUUGGUAGGCGGGACGCUUGCUUCAUUUUGGUUUGAAAUUGUCGCUGAACUGGUUGUAAAUCAAUGGGAGCAUUCCAUGAAAUUGUCUACCGUUUGUCCCGUACAAACGCGUUUUUCUGAAGAUUUUCAGGUAUAAGAGUUUCCUUUUCAAUGACAAAUGGUCAAAAAUAUGGGCAGAAAAAUAAUCGCCUGCUUUAAAUGCCCAAAAAAAAGUCGCAACACAGGAAAUAGAAUGCGUUUGUACGGGACAGUCCGUGGAAUGCUCCAAUGGCUUAUAACUUUGAAAAAACCAAAUGAGUAAAGCCUAUAAAGGUAUAGAGUUAUAUCAUUUGUAUAUGGCAAUACUAAACAUUGCGGUAUUGAGACAAAGAGUAACUGGUUAAAAUAACAUGCAUAUAUUUGCCCUCAUUUAAUUUACUUUGAUUGCAAAAAGAACUAUUUCCAUUGAAUUGUAACCUUGUAGUCAUACCUCGAAACUCCGAUAUACCUAGGUUUAUCAGUCAAACCUCAAGUUUAGCGAGUGGUCAAUGCCCAAAUUGAACUGGUGGAAAAGCAUGUAAGUACCCCCAAAUCCCAAUGAUCAAAUCUGUAUUUGGUAUUAGGUAAACAUAAUGUCGGCAAACCCCCAUAUAUUUCGCUUUAACUGACGCAAGGAAAUUAACGAUCAUACCUCGGUACCCACCCAAAGUUAACAAACCUAUAGCGCCUGACGCCCCGAUUUGAUCCACUUGCGUUUGGGAAUUUGUCGAAGUUUCUCACUUCAAUAGGUAAACCUAUAAGUGCCCGUAAUUUUGAGGUUUGUCUACAACACAUAAAAUUUAAAGUCCUCGUUUUUGCUAUUCGUUUCAUAAUUGGAUUAAUUAAAGUUAUAUGAUGCUACGGUAGUCAUUACACCAUAUUACGCCAGCUAUUAGUAAUUUAAAGCUAUUAUGGGAAUGACAGGUGCUGAAUGUCAUUGUAUAGCCUUUAUAACACUUUUCUACCGCAAGACGGUUUAAUAACAGAUCACUUACCUAUGUAUACACUAGAUGGUGUUUACAUACAAGACGAAACGCACUCACCACGCAUUGGCGCUCCCAUAUAAUUAGUUUAGCGCAACCCUUAUUUCAGUUGCGCCAACGAUGACGACAAGGAAAUAUUUCACUACAGCUUAUAACUUUCAAAAUAUAAUAGCGAAAGGCUGUUUUUACUUUUGCUUAUUUUACAAGUUUCAUGUUUAGAAACUAUUAUUCAUCAAUGCGCCUGUUAGUUAACAACAACCAAAAUUUGGGUUCCAGUGAUAAAGUUCAUGUACAGUCAACAACAGAGCUAUGAAUACAGGCAAAGUGCCAAAAAUAUGUAUACACGACCUUAAUGUACAGGCAAUAAAGUACUGUAUACAUAUUUUUGACACUUUGCCUGUAUUCAUAGCUCUGUUUUUGACUGUACAAUGAGCUGAGAUGUAACUGAAUGGUGCACCUAGCAAGUAGGCGAUGUGACCACUUGCGUGUUAAACACGGUUUUUGGUACCUAUAUGCUAAACUUGCCGAUUCCAUUGGAGGUAGUCACCGGGUUGAAUAAACCUAUAGCUCGUGUACAUAGGCCGUGUAACCAGUCGUCAUGCAAAGUGGCCUGGACUCGGGUCCUCAGUUCAAACACCAACUUAAUGAAUAUCACCGGAGGCUGCUAUUAAAAUCCGACACGCAUCCAUUUAAUGACAUCAAAACCUUUUAGACCUUUUUUUCGCGCUCGAUACUCUGACAGCAAACAGAGUGAUCUCAAUUUUCUUUACCCACGCAGGGUUGCGUAUGGUCUAUUUCAUGAUAUUAUUCUUAUGUUCCUUGUACCUUUUUAUUUUUGUUAUACUUCUAAAUUUUUAAACUUAAGUAGUUACCAUUUAGGUUUAAGAAGUUUUUGCUCCCUCUUUUUAUUUUCUAAAGGGCAAAAUUAGAAUUGAAGUUGUCUUAGCAUUAGUAUUACUUUUAACUUAUGUGUGGAUGUCACUUUUAUUAAUUAUGAUGUAUAUUUCCAUGACUACGCUGAGGUAUAAAUAUUUUUAAAUUGUGUAGCGUUAGUUUUAUAUGGAGCUAUGGCAUCUGAUUUACUAAUAGCUAUUUUUGAAGUUUUAAUGUAACUUUCUUAAAAGCUACGUGGAGCUUUUUUGAAGCAGGGAGCAAAAUAUGAUUUUAUUUCAUAAUACAUAUAGUGGCCACGAAACGUGUUAGCCCUUGUAUUAUAUUCACUAUACUUAUCCCCUUUCAUGUUAACCCGCCCCCUACAACGCGUGUUGUCUAUUACGACGCGUAUAAUGUACCUACAGAUCCAAUUUACCAAUGCUGGCGUGAACUAUAUUCAUUACUGAACCCUUUUAAGUAAGAAAUAAGUCCGUUAAAAUUUUAAUCAAAUUAAAAGUAGAAUAUUCUUUUUUUGCAAUUCAAAGGCGUACAUCACGCCAGCAUCGGUGAAUCGGCCUGUAUUCCAAUUAUUCUAUGUGGAUUGACUUGUUCAGAUAACAAAAAGCGAAUUAACUUUCAACGUCCACAUUGCACUUUUAAUUCAUGUCCAUAUCUCAAACUGUCUAUACUUAGCUGUAUCUUGUUAGCGACGCAGCUGCUUAGUCUCCGCACCUCAAGCCUAAGGUGGCUGGCUAGACAUAAACACAGUGCGCGGUUAUGACAUAUCGGUGUCUAUGGUGCCACGAUAACUGGUUGCAUGACAUUUGUGGGGACGAACGCUGCUGCGUUGGCAUUUGUCAAGUUUUUUGCAUAACAUGUGUGUAUGUUAAUGUUGGAUAGGGCUCGCGCGGCUGCUACUUGUAUAACCGCUCGGUACCUACACGUUACUUAUCCAAUAGAUAGCGCAUACAAGUACUUUGAAUACACAAUCGAUACUAAUUUAGUAUAAAAACACAAUCGGAUGCUUAUUUCAGUCACGUAUUAGAUAAUUUCUUAAAAUAUCAACGAUUGUAAAACGAGUGCAAAAUAUGAACUGUAAUGAUGUCUGUGUACCUACGUAGAGCAGUACUUUACAGUUUUUUUUUAUAAUAUCGAGAUACGGCGCUACCACCAUCCAUGGCAGGCGCGGAUCCAGCCCUCAAAAAAGGUUGUGGUCACAGCCACUCCAAAAUCCGCCAAGUGUGUGAGUCGAGGGUACCUGAUGAUUCCCCGACCAAUAAAUUCGCAGAGGGAUCGCAAGCCAUUCAUUUCAGUCUAUACACACUUAGAUAGAUAACUACGCUAAAAAACUCCUUGCUAGAAAUAAUUGCCCCUGUUAGUAAAUAAUCUAUAUUCUUGCAAAUAAUUAGGGCUCUGUAUUCAGCUGGGGUACCUACCACCCUAAUGAUUCCCCGACCAACUUUAAGCAGAUUGUCGAUUCGCUUAUAAGACUUACAACGUUUCGCCGAAAAUGGUUUCGCUGAGUCAAUUAUUCGUAGAUGUAGGUAACUACUAAUUUUUGGUAGACUCUUGAUUCACAUGCAUAAAUCGUUCAUUUUACCUGUGGACACUGUCGGUAUUUAAAGAACUACUAACGAUAGACUACUAUCGUGAACUUAAAAAAAUGCAUUUUAGGGUUCCGUAAAAGGAAAAAACGGAACCCUUAUAGGAUCACUCGUGCGUCUGUAUGUCCGUCUGUCACAGCCAAUUUUCUCCGAAACUACUAGAACAAUUAAGUUGAAAUUUUGUACAGAUAAUAAGGCCAAAAUCUGGAAAAUGUCCCAUAUAGAGCACUUGCCCCUACACUUAAGUAGUCGGAAUUUUGCCAAAAAUAGCAUGCGAUUUUUUGUGGAACCCUUUCCAUACCCAUAUAGACAUGCACUCUAAACCUCAUAUGACAGUCAAUUAAAAGCUUGAAUUAUUUUAAGAAAUGGUACAAAAAAGUCUGUUUAUAAGACUCCAUAAUAGUCUGAGCGAGAUCCUAAAAACAGUAAAAACGGUGAUAAAUAAAGAUAAUACUCCUAAAAAUACGUGUGAUAUCUCAUUAGAUUUGUCAUGAUGCCUAAAAACAUGUAUUCGAAGAGUGUAUUAGCACACAAAAAAUAUCAAAAGUUAUAAGCAAAAAAAUUGGGAAAAAGUAGAUAUUUUUUAUUUCCCCAAUAUCUCAAAAAAUAUUUAUAUUUAAGAAACGAAAAUUUAUAUUAUUAAAGAGGAGGAUAUUUACAAUAAAACAUUCCAUACUUGCAGAACUCUUAUCUCCAUUAUGUAUUUAUACUUUUUAUUCGUAGCUGAGCACAGCCCUCCUCCGCGCUCCAUUUUCGGGAAACGCGCGCGGCGUGAGAAAGCGGUUAAAUACGUAACAUUAAAUACUUUUAAAGGUAUUAAAUACUCAUAAUUUUUUUUUAAAUAUGGUUAUUUAAAAUAUGUCAACAAAUGGAAUUCUUGUAGAAAUCUAUCUUAAAAUAAUUUUUUGAACAAGUUAGGCAAUUGUUAAUUAGCAAAUUUUUUUCAAACUUCCUUCUGUAUUGAAAACGAAAAAAAUUGUGUAAAUAAAUAUCGUAAAAUUUUGUCGCUUUCUAGAGAUGAGGUAUCACACGUAUUUCUAGGAAUAUUAUCUUUAUUUUGCACCGUUUUUAGAAUCUCGAACAGACUAAAGUUAACAAUUUAAGAAAAUGCUGUUUUUUUACUGUACCACUAAUAAUUUGAAUUGUCAGCUGAUAUAAAUACUUAUGACAGCUAGGAGUUCUAUUUAACUAAGUACCUAGGUACCGUGUUUCAUCCAAUGCUUAAUUUACUCGGGAAAUUUUGACAUUCACCAAACGAUCAUUCUACGAAAAGUUCUGCGUAUCGAUCAACUGUACCUAUUAGGGUUGUGGGCAUGCCCACCGUGCCCACAACGGUGGAUCCGCGCCUGAUCCAUGGUAAAGCUACAUUUUAUUGUUUGUACCAAAUGUGUUUGUAUGCGAAAUCUAUGCGAAAUAAUCUAUGCCGAUCGAGCUGCUAUCUUGCCUAUCUAAGCAGUGGUUCCUCAUAAUUUAGUUUUUGCUUGUACAUAUAUGAAAUUAUAGUAGCCGCGCCGAGCCCUAACAACAGUUAAAAGUAAAAGUGUGAAAUUGUGAAGUGUUCUCCAUAAAGAGAAUAUUUAACGUGCUUACCUACAUACUUAUACCUAUAUAUACAAGUUCGAUCAGACAUGUGAUAAUAUUAUUGAAUUAUUCUAAAUAAAGGGGAAAGUGUUAAUCAGA